AUGCCUCUGAACCCCUUCCUCUAUCAGUGGGAUGCCGAGUUUUACUCCAACCGGGCCCUGCGCUGGGCAGCAGAAAGUGGCAAUCUAGCAACUGCGCGGCUCUCACUCAAAGCGAGGCUCCCAGAGGAAGGAUGCCGCAAAAGAUGGGAGUACUUGUAUCUGGCUACACAUUAUAACCAACAAGCCAUCGUACGCCUUCUACUGGAGCAUGGUAUCGACCCGAAUCGGAUUGCGUACCGGGACACUGAGGUGGACGACGGCGGGGAUCAGAACAAUUUCAGUAUCAAUCUGCUCGAUGAAGCCGCAUACGGGGGCUCUGUGCCAAUCCUUGAAUUAUUACUUGAUCAUGGGGCGGUCACUGACCGUCUAACAUUCAUAACAAUGCUAGAACACGCAGCGGGAGAGGGGCGCCUUGCUAUCGUCAAACUUCUUAUGGAGAAUGACUGUGGUCUUGGAGUGAUCGAUCCUGCCGAAUAUCACGAUGCUCUAUGCAGAGCAAUUGAGGCAGGAUCCACCAGUGUGGUUCGGUUCCUGCUUGAAAAGGGGGUUUGUCCCGAGAUGCCGCCGGGGAUACAGCCGCCAAGUCGGUUGUCCAUGGCUCUGGCUGCUUACGUGCACGACCCAGAGAUAGUCAAGAUGUUGCUCGCCCAUGGAGCGAAUCCAUUUCCCGAGGGACCGGUCGGCACCAAUGUCCUCCCAUUGGUAAAUGCUGCUAGAGUGAAGAAUUAUGCAGUGGCUCAGCUCCUCCGUGAAUCUAUCGAUCCGGAGGAGAUGAUCGGAUCGAGAGGCCGGAACCAAGAAUUUCUAUUGUUGGCUGCUGCUGCCUGUGGAUGGGACGAUAUGGUACGGCAACUCCUCGACCAGGGCUGUCUGGUGGAUACAAAGCCCGACAUCGACAAGCAGCAUCUCCCAGCGAUAUCGCUCGCGGCCGAUCGAGGUCACUACAGCACUGUGCAGCUACUACUUUCAUAUAAUGCAAGCUGCAAUCCCCCCUCGAGAUACGAAGAACCCUUCCCACUUCUCCAUGCAGUGGCCUCAGGGCACCUAAAUAUUGUGGAGCUUCUCCUCGAUCACGGUGCAGAACCAAAUGGUAUAGGACGAUGGUAUGAGUGGAGCAAGGGUAUUGGUGAUCUACCAUGCAUAUAUUGGGCUUUGGGACAUCCGAAGAUCUUCCGUUUUCUGCUUGACCGAGGCGCGGAUCUAUCGGUGCCAGCAGUUGAAGCCGUCUUCCAAAUCCACCGGGAUAUACAUGGGCUUGUCUCGAUCAGUCAUAAGUUUGAGGGCGGAGGGCGCGUACCCAUAAGCACACUUGUCAUCCGAGAGGCUCUCAAAAGGGGUUGUACCGAAAUAGUUCAAAUCCUCCUGGAAAGAGGCAUACCAUUGCAAAACCCCGGGGAUGCUGACUGUUGGGGUUACAAACCCCUACCAAUAGCGGCAACGGCGGAGGAUGAAGAAAUGACAAGGCUUAUCUUGGACCAUAGAUUCAAUCUUUCCUCGGGGAGCCUAGGUGUCGAGGAAGCCAUAAACAUUGCUGUCGGUGAAGCAAACUUCUUGUUGUUUAAGCUCCUGCUAGACACAGGAUGGUUGAAUUCUCCAUCUGCUUCUCUGGGAGAUCGAAACAUUCUGGGAAUGGAGAUACCUGCGCCCCCAAGGCCACGGAAAGAUACAAAUACUGAUGCUACUGUGGAUCUGCCAACAGAGCACGGCACGUACAAUGAACCGAGAGAAUCACCUCUAGCCACGUCGCCUCUUGAUCAUCUGUUCACGAGCCAGGCUGUAUCAGGCCCAGGAAAUACGGACAUUUUCGUUCAGUUUUUGUUGGAACAAGGUGCAGAACCCCUCGGAGGAUCUUCCGCCCUUAUGACUCCAUUAGGAAUAGCUUCGAAACGAGGAUAUAUCCAUAUAGUUCAGCUUAUGCUGAGGGUCAUUGAUAGACAGACUAUUACGGAGGAAGAGCUCUUGCUUAAGCUUGGCGUGAUUCUUGAGAUUGAACCUCUAGACGCAGUCGAUCAUAAUAGUUAUGCCGAAUACUACACUGAGCGGAGCAGCAGAAACCUUCCAUAG